AUGGCGGGCAAUAUCUUCGGCGCCAACACGGGUGCUGCAACCGAUGCUCAUCCGCAUGAGAAAGAAAAAUUGGACACCAAUGACCCUGCCGUGUCAAUUUCUCGCGAGCCCGCGUCUGAAAUUUCCGAUGGCAAUCGUUCGAUCUACUUGGAUUCUAGCAUCACCUUCGAGAACUAUGUCUACUGGGCCAAGCGGUCGCGCGAGGUUGAAAAGCACAUCUCGACUGACGAUGUGGGAUUUGCGCACUUGAGCAACAAGCUUUUUCGUAAAAAAAAGUCGGACGCUCUAGUGAUAAUGCAGGGAGAGAUUGAGGAACAGGAUGCCCCUGUAAUGAAGGAGUCCAGCAAACCUACCAACACAAUGAACGGCGCUAGCACAAGUGAUGGUUGGGGCAUCACCGAGACAGAAUGGGAACAGGCACAACGGGCCGCACGAACUGCAACCUGGGGUUCGAUCUUCUAUCUCAUUUCCACGGACAUCCUUGGACCGACCAAUGUUCCCUGGGCAAUCAGUCAGAUGGGCUUCGGACCGGGGGCUGUACUUUACACUGUUUUCGGCGCCAUGGCUUGUUAUUCCGGCUUGCAAUUGUGGAGGAUCUUCAUCGGUCUUGACUCGACUCGAUUCCCGAUGCGCAAUUAUGGCGAUAUGGCUUUCCGUAUCUACGGAGACUGGGCGCGCAUUUUUGUGAACGUCCUCCAAAGCUUCCAGUUCUUCCUCAACGUGGCCCUGCUUAUUGUAAGCAACGGACAAGGGCUGGCGCAGAUGGCUGUCGGUGCCAAUGGCAAUGGAUUCCUUUGUUUCAUCGCUGCUGAGGUGAUCUUCGUGGCCAUCGGCUUUUUGUUCGGGCAGAUCCGUACCCUGCAACGCCUUUCUUACUUGGCCAACAUUGCGGUCUGGCUGAAUGUCAUUGUCAUCAUCAUGACCAUGGUUGUGGUUCAUGAGUAUCCUCCUAACUACUCAGCCUCGCUGACUAGCUACGGUACCCAAAAGGGACCCGUGCAGACAAGCGGGUACUGGCCUGCGAGCUCAACCCUCAACGACAAAGUCAAUGCUAUGAUGAAUGCUGUUUUCGCGUACGGCGGCGCAACCCUUUUCAAUGAGCUCAUGGCUGAGAUGAGACGGCCCUAUGACUUCUGGAAGGGCUUUAUCAUUGCCGAGAUAUUCAUCUACGUUUGCUACCUUGUCUCGGGUAUGGUUGUGUAUAGUGCACAGGGCCAAUUUACAUUCAAUCCUGCAUAUCAGGGUAUUCCAAACUCUGCCUACAGGUUCCAGACUUUAGGCAACGCCAUCUCAUUCAUCACCGGCGUCAUCGCAGCACUGCUCUAUGGUAACAUUGGUAUCAAAGUCUUCUACUCCGCAGUUUUCCGCGACGUCUUCCGUUUCCCAGAAUUAAACAGCCGAACUGGCAAGUGGGUGUGGAUUGGGCUCGUGCCUGCCUACUGGGCUCUCGCCUGGGUGGUUGCCGCCGCAAUCCCGCAAAUCACCAAUCUAACAUCCUUCGUGGGAGCCGCCUGCAUCUUGCAGUUUUCUUACACGUUCCCACCAAUGUUGCUGGUUGGGUUCAACGUCCAGAAUGAUGCGAUACUGCCUGAGGAGAUCAAUUCGACAACUGGCCAGGUGCAGCGCAUAGACAACGGAAUCAAGAGAUGGAUUAGAGGUUACAAGAAGAAGUUUGUGUGGAACACUUUUGAUGUAAUCUACUCGCUUCUUGCUUUGUCUGCCGCUGGUCUGGGAAUUUGGGCUUCGGUCACUUCCAUGCACACCAGUUUCGAGGAGGGUAAACUGACCCAUUUCACUUGUGCGAACCCGGCUGGAUAG